AUAGUCUAGUUCUCCGUAAGGUUAUGUAUGGACCUAGUAUCGUGCUAGCUCCAUGGAUGACAAUGACAUAUGACAAUUGUGAUUAAUUCCAAUUAAUUAGUUUUUUUUUCAAUUUUAUUGUAUUACCAAACAAUAUAAUGUGUACAUAUUCUUAUGUGACAAAUUAACAUGUGAUGUCUAUAAGUAAUUUAAUUUUAAUUAUUACUAAUAGUAGCGUUCAUAGGACAAAAGAAGGGUAAACUAUUCAUGGCAUGGUAGUUUAUUUUUAGUUGCGUUUCAAAUUUAGUUUAUUAAUUAUUUAAUAAUAAAAUCGCUGUUAGACAUGGCCAAAGAAGAAGAAUACGAUAAAUUACCUGAUAAAGAUGCUGCCAAAGAAUUUUACGCUAAAUAUGAACCUAAAGAAAUAUUAGGAAGGGGUAUAUCAUCAACAGUGAGGCGAUGUAUAGAAAAAGAAACAGGAAAAGAAUUUGCUGCAAAAAUCAUUGAUUUGAGUACCAGUGAUGGAAUCAAUGAUAGUUCUACUUUGGAAGGCACCAAACAGGAGGUUAAUAUUUUAAGACAUGUUGCUGGUCAUCCAUACAUAAUUGAACUACAAGAUGUAUUUGAAUCAUCUACAUUUAUCUUUCUGGUUUUUGAGCUUUGCAAACACGGAGAACUAUUUGAUUAUCUCACUUCAGUUGUAGCACUUUCUGAAAAGAAAACUCGAUAUAUUAUGAAACAAAUUUUUGAAGGAGUGCAACAUAUUCACUCCAUGCAUAUUGUCCACAGAGACUUGAAACCUGAAAAUAUUUUACUCGAUGAUAAUCUAAAUAUUAAAAUUACAGAUUUUGGAUUCGCCAAAGUAUUAAAUGAAGGAGAAGUUUUGUAUGAUUUAUGUGGUACUCCUGGUUAUUUAGCACCGGAAACUUUGAGGUGUAAUAUGUUGGAAGACGCUUCUGGUUAUUCGUUUGAGGUGGAUAUAUGGGCUUGCGGUGUGAUAAUGUAUACAUUGUUGGUGGGUUGUCCACCAUUUUGGCAUAGAAAACAGAUGAUCAUGCUCAGGAAUAUUAUGGAAGGAAAAUAUUCUUUUUCUUCACCGGAAUGGGCGGAUAUAUCAGAGGCACCGAAGGACUUAAUUAGAAAAUUAUUAGUGGUAAAUCCUAAAGACAGGAUUUCUAUUGAAAAUGCAUUACAGCAUCCAUUCUUCCAAUCAGUGAAACCACAAAUAACUAAAUUUAAUGCACGGCGCAAAUUCCAAUGGGUUGUUUUGGUAGUAAGAUCUGUAAUUCGAAUACAGAGACUCAAAUACACACCAGAACCGUUAAGCUUGGACAUUGCAAGGAAUGAUCCUUAUCGUCUAAAAAUCCUAAGAAAAGUUGUUGAUGGUUGUGCUUUUCGUGUUUACGGUCAUUGGGUGAAAAAAGGAGAAGGUCAAAAUCGUGCUGCUCUAUUUGAAAAUACACCAAAGACCGAAUUGAAACAUAUAUACAUGACAAACCUUAGUAGAUAGUAAUUUUAAUCUAGUUUUUAAGUAGACAAUUCAUUCAUAAAAAUCAAUAUUGACAAAUUAGUUCAACUUUGUGCAAAUAAAUAAUUCUAACUUACAAA